UUUCUGCUGACCGGAUGCUGCGUCAGAACCUCCGUGCUGCUGUUCUAUCGACGCCUAGUAGAAGGAGCUUGCCCCAAACCGUGGAAAUGGGCUGUCUGGGUUGCGAUCGCUUUUAAUUAUGCCUGGACGUUGGCCUUCAUUUUGGCUUUGAUCUUCAAUUGCACACCCACAGAAGCUUAUUGGAAGUCUUUCGAUUUCGCCUAUACUAAGAAGUACCAUUGUAGUGAGACCACAAUCAACAAUCUUCUUGCUGGUAUCAUGGCUGUGGUCUCAGACUUCUACGCCGUCGCUUUGCCGUGCAUCAUGAUGCGAAGAUUGCAGUUACCAGUGGGCCAGAAGUUGGCCCUGUAUGCUAUUUUCUCUCUGGGUCUGGUUGUGGUCAUGGGGUCCGCAGUAAGAACCUUUUAUCUCUGGAACGUUGGCCGUCAGAGCGACGUGAGCACAUAUAUCUUCAAUGUCUUCGUGUGGGCUCAGCUCGAGUUGGCACUUGGUCACCUCUGUGCUUCCGCUCCAGCACUACGAGUAUUCUUCCGC